AUGGAUUGGGAGCUAAGUAACCCAAUUCUCUAUCUGGACAUCAUGAGGUGGUGCUGGCAGCAGGAUUUCCGGAGCCGGCCGUCUGCCGAUCAUCUCAUCGACGUCCUCUCUAACGAGGGGGUUCCCCGUCUGAUGGAGGCCGUUAGUCUCCAUGACAGCAGUGACAUCACCGCCAACGCCCUUUGUAUCUUCCUAUUGAGCAGAGUGCAUCAGAGGUUGGAACAGGAGUACGGGAUAACGUCACCUUGUACCUCGCACCCGUUUGUUGCCCGCGGCGACCUCCAGGAGGACGUCUGGCUGGGAUUGUAUUCAGGAGACAGCAGAAGAGGAGGAGAUGGAGGGAGAGGGAGGGAGAAGGGGAGGGAGGGGGAGGAGAAAAGGAGGGAGAGAGCCAAAUGUUCCCAAUCUCCAUUCCAGGAUAACCGCCAUGUGUUGCGUAAUAGACACCAUGUGGGUGGGAACCGAAGAAGGGCCAACUCUUGCUCUUCGACGCGCACUCACCAAAACGACAUCUUGUCUCGCACACACUGGCUCUGCUCCCGGACCAGUCAAUCACCAAUAUCACCCCCAUCACCACUCUGCGACAGUGUUCUGGUCACCCGUAGCGACGGUUGCGUACUCCUCUUUGACGAGGUCACGCAGGAACACAAACUCCCAGACGACUCGCACUACGACCAACCGGUUAAACGGGACGCAGCUGCCCCGUCCGAUCGGUGUUUCGGACGCCCGAAAACUGCCAUCUUUGGCACGGCGCAUGUUGUGAGUGGAAACCAGGAGAACAGAGGACCUGUCUCUGAGAGACUUGUCAUGAAGGUGGAAUGCAGCGUCUACUCAUCUUCACCUGUUACAUCCAUAUGUUGCGUGAGGGACAUUCUCCACCUGGCUCUACACAACGGUGAAAUACUUCAACUCCACACGUCUCACGAUCAGAUAGACUCCGUGUCUCGUCUCCGCGGCCACGUCAAAUCCAUCCACUCCCUCCUCACCCUCGGAGCUCGCGUCCUCCCGCGCCACUGGCGACCUAGUAUCCUCGGUCGCAGUAACGUCAUGGACUAUCUACUGGAGCUUCUCGGGGAAGACGAUAUUCAGGAUAUCACUGACUCCAUGGUGGGCCGACAGACAAGACUCCUGGUCAGCGUGGGGAAAGGAUUCUACGGAAUAGCUGGGAAAGUGGUGGAAGCUCUCAUGUCCCCGAGUGACAUUAGCGACAAUUUCCUGCUCCUCUGGUCCCUGUAGACUGGAAAUGUGGCUAGGCAUUUUGCUUGUCCGUUUGUUUAUGUUCUUGUUCAGA